AAAUUUUAAAAAAGAUAAACAAAAAUUAUAAUGUAAACGCAAUUAAUUGAAGAAACACCAUUAAUAUUUGAACGUUGAAGCCGAGAAAAAAUAUUAGGCAUUUUUCGAAAACAUCCUUCCAAAUGAUAAAGCAACAUAUUGAUCUCUUUCGACCAAAGAGUAUGUAAAACAGUAUGUUUUAGAGAGUGGACAUAAUUUGUAAACAAGUAAGGUUCGGUUACUUCCGUCGCAAGUCGAUCGAAGCCGAGCCGUCUCUAUUACCAACACGUCGUGCGUCGAAACCGUAGCAUCCGCACGUAGCAAGUUAGUCGUCGCGUAGCGCACGUAGCGGUUUGACGUCUACGCCAGUGUGAAGUGAAUGUUUUACGCAAUUAUUUUAAAAUUGUUCAAUUGUUUUAAGUCUUUGAAAUAAUUGUAAUAAUUAAGUUUAAAUUGCUUGUUGCAAGAACUAUGUAGUGGAUGGAAUCAACAGAGGAAUGAAAAAAGGGUAACGAACAAGCUAGUGAAAUGUAAAAGUGAAGACAUGAACAUAAAAAUCGCUCCAAUGGCUCGUAAUAUAGUAUAUUGGCUAUUAGUGGUUUUAUCACUGGAGGCCAUUGACGCUAAAAGAGCGACGUGCCCGGGUUACCCUAACUGUAUUUGCGGCGGUACAUUGGCCGUAGAAGUUGAUUGCAUAGUAAGCGGUCAGACAGUGAAAAUUGAUGUUUUACCUGGCGUUUACGUGAACAUCAAAUGUGAAAACUCUACGUUCUUGAAUUAUAAUAAACUACCUAACUUUAAUAACCGCAGAAAUAAUUUUAAAACAGUCAGUUUUAAGAAUUGUCCUCUACCAUCGAAUUCUUUCAAAGAAGUAUUAACAAAUAUUGGUGUUAAUAAAACAAUGUCGUUAAUAUAUCAAAAUGAUAAAAAUAUAUCACAGAAUUUUAAAAGAAAUCAUUUUGUUGGAUUAGAAGAUUUAAAUAAGUUACUGAUAUCUGUGAACGGUGUUAUAUUUCUACCGGAUAAUCUUUUUAUGGAUUUAAAUAAUCUCAAAUGGUUAAACUUACGCAUGAAAUCUGUUAAUAUAUCUGAAGAAUUGUUCAAACCAUUACGAAGAUUGGAUACUCUUGAAAUCAAUCAUAAUCAAAUGACGAAUAUGCCUAAUAACGUAUUUGAACAUUUAAUAGGAUUAAAAAAAUUCUCGCUCUGGCAAAGUAACAUAUCGAUAAUUUCCCAUGAUUUUUUUAAAGGUGUAGGAGAAUUGGAAGAAUUAGAUUUGAGUUCGAACGAUUUAAGCAAAUUGCCAUCGGGAACAUUUAAUCCAUUAAAAAAUCUAAAGAAACUAACUUUAUUCUCAAAUAAGUUUUCCGUUCUACCGGAAAACUUGUUUGCACAGAACAAGUUACUUUCCACAUUAAUCAUUUUAAACAAUGACGUUAAAAUAAAAGAACUUCCUAAAAAUUUAUUGCGAAACUUGCAGUAUUUGAAACAAGUACAUAUACAAAGAUGUGGAAUUGAAAUAAUAUAUAACAACUUAUUUACCAACUCGUCUAGAAUAAAUAACAUAUCUUUGGCGCAUAAUGAGAUAAAGAAUCUACCGGAAGCUGUUUUUAACGAUCAAAUAAAUCUACUGGAACUAGACAUCAGUUACAAUAACUUGGAAAAUCUAGGAAUUAAAUUAUUCUCGUCGUUAGUACGAUUGGAGAGAUUGAAUUUAUGCUGCAAUUCUAUAACAGAAAUAUCUGGGUUAACAUUCUUACCAUUGAUAAGUCUCAUUUACUUAAACAUGGAGAGUAACCAUUUGAAAGUGAUAUCAUCGAACCUAUUCGAAAAUAAUAGACAAAGAUUGUCAAUAUCAUUUGCGUACAACGAACUUGAUUUUGAAAAUAAGAUAUUAGUAAAUAAUUCAUGGAUAAUUAGAAGAAAUUCGCCAUUUAUAAAUACACAUAAUUUACAGAUGCUCAAUUUAAGUCAUAAUAAAUUUAGAGAUGUGUUUAUUGAUUGGUGGGUGAAUGGUCAUGAACAUAUUGAUUUAAGGUUUAAUUUUAUUAAAAAUUUAUGGGGAGAUGGUGAACAUGAAUUUUCACAUAACUACAAAAUAAUAAAAACACCAAUCAAAGAAAUUUGGAUCGGAAACAAUAAUCUAAGUUGUGGAUGUCAUAAUUUAUGGUUUAUCGAUUAUAUACAAGCUCACUGGAAGACGAAGAUAUCAGACAUGGAUUUCAAACAUUGUCCAAUGUGGUCAACUCGUGUUGUAUGCUAUAUAGCUUUUUAUGUCAUUAUUUCCAUUACAGCAAUACUGUUCUGUAUAGCAGCAUUCGUAAUUAUUGCAUACUUCAUUUACAAAAAGAAAUUCCAUGAGCUUUUAAAGAGAAUUUGUUCAAAUGUAUAUCAUGACAAUUUUAAAAAGGAAGAAAACAAGAUUGCAGUAAAAUAUUCUAUUGCUGACGAGGAAUUCGUUUUAAAAGAGAUCGUUCCCGGAUUACAAGAUAUUAAAAAUGUAAAACUGCUUAUGAAACCUAUCAGCGAUUUGAAUACCAAAAAGUCUUUUAUGAAAAUUUUAAAGAGGAACGAAAGCGAAAAAUACGUUACAGUUGUAAUAUUUUCACCUAAUUACUUGAUGACGACAUAUAGUAAAGUUAAUAUUAAAAAGAUACGCGGAGAGAUGUUGAAAGCGAGAAAUACAAUUUACAUAUUUGUCGAUACCGGACCUGACAAUUCUAUUUACGCUUUCCUAAAGGAUCAACGUGAGACACGAGUAUCAGUUUUGUGGAACGAAGUCUAUUUCUGGGAUAAAAUUAUCGAUUUCGUUUCGAAAUAUUCGAGACAUCGCAAAUUCGGUCACAAUGAUACAAAUGGCCAAGGAAAAAACAACCUUGUUAAAAAAAUUAAUAAAGUUAAAUAUACACCGAAAAUGUCAUUCAUGAAACUAUCAGAGUGGCCUCAAACUGAUACUUUCGAAACGUUCGCGCAUAGCCAAGUUUAGUACUUACAAGUAAAUCUUUUUUAUGAGGCAAAGACUGAAAUUUUCCCCGUAAAACAUAGUCUAGUACUACGAAUACAGAUCGUGUUAUGUAAUAAAAUUAUCACGUUACAUGUUACAGUUUAAUUCUAA